GCGGCGGAGGCGACGAAACUCCCUGGUCCAUCCGUCCCGCCCUGCCGGAUCAUCUCUCUGAGCGAUGCCGAGCAGAGCAGCGCAAGGCAACGCGAUGCAGCACGUGCAGCCACUGCACGGUGCUCAACAUGGGCGCGCACCUCGCUUGUCCCCCGGAUCUUGCCUCCCCAACCCCUCCCUCCAAUCUCUUCGUCAUGCCGCUGUGCUCUUCCUCCCCCUCUUCCUCUUCGCCAUAGUAUAAACACGAAUGAUUCAUGCCCACGCUGCGCCAUGAUUGAGUUGCCGCAAGCUAGCUUCUUUGUCCUCUGAAUGCUGUCUCUGCUGCCAUCCUGCAGCGCCUUCAUAUAAACGUACUCCAACGAAGAGGCCGGCUUGUUGAUUUGGUUUGGCCCGGCCAGUGCUAGACAGCGUUCUCCAUCUCUCCCUGUUCCAGCAGUGCUUGGCUGCUCUCUGUAUGGGUUCUUGGGUACGCACCAUCACAACGCCGUUCAGGAAAGCCUGCACCAUCUUCGGCCCCCAGAGGGACGGCAAGAAGCCGCACCAACCAAACUCUGCGAUGGUGCAGCACGUCGACGCCGAGAGGGCGAAGCUGCACGGGGAGGUCAUGGCGUGCUCCUACGAGGACGUGCAGGUAAUGUGGUCCAUGCUCGACCAGGCAAGGAUCCGAGAGCUCAGUGGCAGCUCAUGACCACCAAUCGUCUGUUCAUGCAUCCGUAGAACGCAUGAAUGGAUCUGGAGACAUGGGAGUACAUAGCGAAUUCUCUUUCCACACCAAUCCCAGCCCCCACUUGCUUUCUUGGGGUUUGAAGUUGAUCAUUCAAGCUAUUUGCGCAGAUCAAUUAAGCUCUGAAAUUAAAUUGCCAUUCUAUAUGUAGCUAGAUUUAGCUAGCUUUGGAGGUUGCUGCUCAGUUGAGACUUUGAAUCCCCACUGGCACUCUUCUCGUUAAGGUGCUUGAUUGGAGAGAUGUACAUCACCACCUUUGGGAUCUUGAUAGUUGCAAUCCUCUCUUUCUCUUGCUCAGUUUAAUGUCUGAAGUAUAU